UCCUGACCGGGAUUGACGAACACGUGCGAGCGAAUUCCCCCUAAAAGCAACCGCUGUCAGGUGGAGGGAGUCUCAACACUUUUGCUCAACCGUUAUUUUCUCUUUCCUCUACAGUUAGUCAUCGGCGACCCGCCGCAUGGCCGCCUAUCAAUCACGAACUUCACUUUCUUCAUCUCUUCCACUAUCGCGCCUCUCCGAUUCUGGAAAGAUGGAUGGCACUGGUAGUUGGGAAGCCAUUGACUGGAAAAAGGAUGAGCCUAUUCGCCGGACUGUUGCUCAUGGAUUUUCCAGAUUUUUGCUUGAAGCUGAGGAAGCCAUUAAGGAGGGAUAUGGUGUUGUUCUUGUGAAUACGGACGAAGCUGGCACCUUGCUUGUCACCAAUUACCGGCUACUAUUUGUGAGUGAGAAGACCAGAGACAUACUUACACUUGGAACAAUACCGUUGGCGGCGAUUGAGAAGUUUAACAAACUAGUUGUUAAGCAAACAUCAGGAUCACGUCAAACAGACAAGUCAUCAGCACGGCGCCUUCUGCAGGUUUUUGGCAAGGAUUUAAGGAUUAUAGUAUUUGGAUUCCGAGCUAAAACAAAGCAGAGACGUGCAGUGUUCGAAGCACUUCUGAGGUGUACAAGACCGACAAGAUUAUGGGAUCUUUAUGCUUUUAUUUGUGGUCCUUCUCAAUACAGUGGCAAUAAUCCAAGGGUUCGGCUGUUAGAUGAAUAUUUUCGGCUUCUUGGAAUACGUUCCCACAUUCAGCCAUCAGAUGAUAUGAUUGAUGAAGGAUCAUUUGCAUUGUCCAAUAAUUGGUGGAGAAUAAGCAGUAUAAAUUCCAACUACACAUUGUGUGCUACUUACCCAUUCGCUUUGAUUUUUCCGAAAUCCAUUACUGACGAAGAAGUAUUACAGGCCUCAACUUUCCGGGCUAGAUGUCGGCUGCCUGUAAUUUCAUGGUGCCAUCCUGUAACUGGAGCUGUUCUAGCACGCUCAUCUCAGCCAUUAGUUGGUCUCAUGAUGAACAUGAGGAGCAAUGCUGAUGAAAAACUAGUGGCCGCACUUUGCACACAGUUUGCUAGUUUAAAAGAGGGGAGAAGGAAGUUAUAUAUUGCUGAUGCAAGACCCAGGAAAAAUGCUUUAGCAAAUGGCGCAAUGGGAGGUGGUUCUGAGUCAGCUGCUAAUUACUUCCAGUCAGAGAUAGUUUUCUUUGGCAUAGACAACAUACAUGCCAUGAGAGACAGCCUAUCCCGUCUUAGAGAAUAUUUGGAUACUUAUGGGACCACUUCAUCCGAUGGAAUGUCUUCCUAUCUUAGGCAUGGUGGAUCAACCUGGGGUGGUGGUAAUCUCAGUAGUAUGUCUACUUCAGUGUCAUCACUUGGUGACAGUGGGUGGUUAAUACAUGUCCAAGGUGUUUUAGCUGGUGCUGCCUGGAUUGCUGCACGAAUAGCAAAGGAAUCUGCAUCAGUUCUUGUUCAUUGCAGUGACGGUUGGGACAGAACAACUCAGUUGGUGUCACUAGCAAGUUUGCUGCUUGAUCCUUACUAUCGGACAAUCAAGGGUUUUCAGGCUCUUGUUGAGAAGGAUUGGCUUGCUUUUGGUCAUCCAUUUUCUGAUCGUAUUGGUCUCCCAACUUUAUCCGGGAGUGGAAAUAUGCCUCUAGAACUGUCUACCACUGGUAGUUUCCAUUCAUCUCCUAUACGUCAGCAGCCUGCACCGCUCACACAACCAUCAGGCUCUUCACACACCCAAAGUUCACACAGUUAUUCACCUAUCCUUUUGCAGUGGGUCGAUUGUGUUUCACAGUUAUUGCGAAUGUAUCCUUUCGCUUUUGAAUUUUCUUCGGCCUUUUUGGUUGAUUUUUUGGAUUCUGUACUCUCUUGUCGCUUUGGAAACUUCCUAUGUAAUAGUGAAAGGGAAGUGUUACAAUCUAGAGUUUCUGAUGCUUGUGGAUGCUUAUGGAGCUACUUGGCUGAUUUGCGUUCCUGUGACGGUCAAUCACAUGUGCACUACAAUCUCUUUUAUGACCCGAUUAAACAUGAUGGUCCACUGUUACCUCCGGCUGCAGCUCUUGCUCCUACAAUAUGGCCACAGUUCCACCUUCGUUGGGCUUGUCCGAAAGAAGUUGAGGCUGGGGACCUUGAUGCUAAAUGUAGAAGCAUGGCUAACAAGUUCUCUGAAUCGGAUAAGGCUAAGGAUGCAGCAGAGAGGAAGGCUAGGGAAAUUGCAGCUGCCAUGGAAUCUCUGACCUCAGAAUUGAGAAAUGAGAAGCAACUGAGAAGCUCUGCGAUGCACUUGGCUAAAAAGGCCAGCAAGGAAAAUGCUGCUAUCAAGCGUGCAAUCCAGUCAUUGGGUUGCAAGAUUCACUUCUCAAGCACUGGGGAUACCACUAUUGAUGUUGAACACUACAAAACAGUCUCUCAGAAGUCAUUUUACUCUCCUUCCAAACGGGAAUUUGAGAGAAUACCACAACCUGAUGAAAAGUCGGAUCUCUCUGUCUCCAUUGCAGUCAUGCCUGAUGAUGAUCUUCCAACUGAUUCUCUCAGUCAAAUAUGUGAAUCUCUUUGCCCUUUACGUUCACCAGAUGGCCACUGUAGGUGGCCUGAAGCAGGUUGUGCUCAAAUUGGAAGCCAGUUUGUUGGUUUGAAAGCAAACUUUGAUGCUUUUGAUAGGUUGUCUAUAGAUGACGGUUACUUCUAAAACUUUUUUUGGGCUGAUUCUCAGUUUUGGGCAACUUUUACCUGUUCGUUGUAUAGUCAGAAGAAAGUAGGUGCUAUUGAUGCAAGUGACAGCUGAAGAAAACCGGUCGCUUGUUCAGCUCUUUGUACAACACUUGCAAUAAAGAAAAUGGCGUACGACCCACCUUUUGAUUUGGGUCUUGGGAUUGUACAGAUUAGACCGCUUAGAGUUGGAAGCUUCUUUUCACUGGUACUGAUUUUGUAGAAGAAAACUCUUUAACUGAUUUUCCAGGGCCAACAUUUAUGAGGUUAUGCUCUCUGUUUGCCAAUUAACCCCAAGAUCGAAGAUCACACCCCCAUCCUUUCCGAGAUAAAGCUCACAAAGCUAUACAGCAUCCACGUACUCACUACAAACAGCCCUGUAUGCAAAAGUUUUUUGUUGCCUAAUAUUUAUCCUGUAAUUUAAAUUUUUUUGGAGUGUAAAUACACGUUACUUUAGUGUUCUUCAUGAGAAUACGUGUAAUAAAGGGUGACAUGUGUAAUUUUGUUUCAAUGGUGAUUAAUUAUUAGGGUAUAUUCUGUGA